AUGUACCUUCACCAUGGGCUGAAAGUGAUCGCCUUUUACCAAUUUCUCAAGUAUGCUAGGGGUAGGCCCUUUGAAUGGUUCCCGGAAGAGAUUGCCGAUGCACGACGACAGACUGAUAAGGACCCCGACAAGCGUAUUGCGGGAGAUACGGCAAAGUUGAAAGGCAACUCGUUUUAUGGCAAAAUGAUAGAGGAUCUGGCAAGGCAUGCAAAUACUACAUUUACAAGGGAUGAAAAGGAGGUUGGUGCAGCCCUGCGGAGCCCGUACCUGGAGGAUCUUGAAGAGAAUGGGAAUGCGUAUGCGGUAAGAAAGAGCAAGCACAAAUGUACUAUCGAUAGAGCCUACCUGUGCAGUAUCGCGGUAUAUCAACUCGCGAAGUUGUACAUGCUUGAAUUUUACUAUAACUUUCUCGACAAGUGCGUGGAUUUUCGAGACUUCGAAUACAUUUAUAUGGACACUGACAGUACGUAUUUUGCCAUUUCUGGUCACUGA